GCCGCCGCCACCCGCGCCAAGCCGCCGAGGGCGCACGGGCGCGCACCACGCUUGUGCCAUGGAGAAGCCUCGACGGCGUCACCUGAUCUAACCUGGCGGCUUCGCUGCCGGAGGAGGCAGCCCGAGAGGGAAGGGCAGGGCAGGGCUGGGAGUACCGGGAGGGGUGGAGGGAAGGGAGAGAGAGAGGAGGAGGAGGGCGAGGGAAGCGAAGAGCCGCCUCCUGACGUCUGGAACCUGCUGUGCAAGUGAGCGCAGGCGGCGGCGGCGGUGGCGGCGCCGCUCCUUGUGUCCUCCUCCCCAGGGCGAGAGAAAGGACGAUCCCUCGGUGCGCGGCCAUGGCAGAAGCCCAGCAGCGCCGGAUCCGGAGAGGCUAGGGGAGGCUGACGGUGCGCCCUGGGGUUUGGAUCGGGCGCCCCGCACCUGGCGCAGCGCUGGAGGGCGGAGAGCCGGGGGCCGCCACGCCGGGAUGGUGAAAAGUUGAAGUGCCAAACACCAAAAUGAGUGUGACAUCAUGGUUUCUGGUGAGCAGUGCAGGCAUUCGCCACCGGCUCCCUCGGGAGAUGAUAUUUGUCGGCAGAGAAGACUGUGAGCUGAUGCUCCAGUCUCGCAGUGUGGAUAAGCAACAUGCCGUCAUCAACUACGACAGAGAUGAGCACUGGGUGAAGGAUUUGGGAAGCUUAAAUGGGACUUUUGUGAAUGAUGUGCGGAUUCCAGACCAGAAGUACAUCACGCUAAGACUGAACGAUGUGAUCCGUUUCGGCUAUGAUGCCAACAUGUAUGUGCUUGACAUCCAGCACAAGGUCCCAGAAGAAGCACUAAAGCAUGAGAAAUACACCAGCCAGCUUCAGAUGAGCUUCAAAAGCGCAGUCAUGAAAAGGGUUGAGCAGCCCUUGGAGCACGGCGGAGAUACCGAGUCGCCCCAAGCGAAGCUGGAGAAAGGCGAGAAGAAAGCAAUUACAGAGACGACAACUACUUACCGCACACCCCUUUACGGCCAGCCAUCAUGGUGGGGGGAAGAUGAUGAAAACAAUAUGGAGUCAGCGGAUGACAGAAGGCAAGAAGAGCCGUAUCCAGAGAGAACAAAAGACAUAGGUCAGCACGCAGAGGAAAUCAAUGGGAACAUCACCGGCUACAGCGACCCUCAAGGAGACUCUGUCUACGCCUUCCGAAGGGAGCCUAGUUACUUUGAAAUCCCGACGAAAGAAUUCCAGCAGCCGGUGAAAACUCCAGAGGCCCAAGUCCACGAAAUCCCCACCAAAGACGUUGACUCGGUGGCGCUGCCCGUCGUGCAGAGCCACGCCUCUUUCACCAUAGAGUUUGACGACUGCACCCCGGGUAUAAAGAUAAAAGAUCACGUCACCAAAUUUUCGCUCAGGCAGAGAAGGAACCUCGGCAAAGAAGCCGGCCACGCGGAAAUGAUCUCGGCAGAGAGCAAAGUGGCUGACUGGCUGGUGCAGAACGACCCGAGUCUCAUGAGGAGGCCGUCCCCGGGAGAGGACGUGUACAGUACCAAAAGUGACCUCCCAGUUCACGUCAGGACUCUGAAAGGUAACAGACACGAAGAUGGAACUCAGAGCGACUCUGAAGACCCAGUAGCCCCCAAAGAAGAUGAGACACCUAGUAAAGAACAUCUGGCUGAGCAAGCCCGGCUCCAGCGCCAGAUCCGGCGCGACCCCCAGGAGAUGCUCCACAACCAGCAGGCCUUCGUCAUCGAGUUCUUCGACGACGACACGCCUCGGAAGAAGAGGUCGCAGUCCUUCACGCACAGCGGACAGUCCAACCAGAACGACGUGGACCCCGCCUUGAAGACCAAGAUUGAGAAGCGCAAGAUUACCGUGCCCGCGGAGAAACCGGGGGGCUCUGUGCUCUCAUCUCAUCUGCCUGCGGCGGGAACCAAGGGGCCAAGCAACUCUUUCACCGCCCCUACCGGAUCCUUUAAGCGGGAGAAGACAGAGGAGCGGAUCAGCUCGUCGUCGUCGUCGUCGAGGACCCCUGGAAAGAACCAUGGCAGCGUGGGGAGGAAGUCGAAGAUCGCUCGAUUUGCUGCAGAGUGUUUAAGGGAGAGCUCUCAAGCUGGGAAAGCUAGUGUUGAGAAGCCAGCUCCGACACCGGCGCCGCUCACCCCGCGAGUUGUAGCACCGCCGCCACCAGCACCCGAAAUAGUCCCUGAGCCGGUGGCUGCCGAUCCUAUGGUCAAAGCGAGGAAGCAAGAGGAAGACGACAGCUUGAGCGAAACGGGCACGUAUACCAUUGAGACGGAGUCGCAAGAUAAAGAAGUCGAAGAGGCUCGGAAAAUGAUAGAUCAGGUGUUUGGCGUUUUGGAGUCUCCGGUAUUUUCUAGAAUUUCCCCUGCCUUCAGGCCUGUCAUAAAAGGUGAGAAGGAGGAGCUGGCUCACUUGAUCGGCGAAAAUGGCUAGCCCAAGGUGACUAUGAUGCAGGUCAUCGCUUCCAAAGUUGCCAGUGAACAUCAUGCGGAGAUGCAGUUACCAUUAGCAUCUCAAGGUGGUCAGAAAUGGGUAUCGAGAUGGGCAAGCCUUGCAGAUAGCUAUACAGACUCAGGAUCUGCUCCUGGAGUUGGGGAUGCUCACCUGCAGGGCCCCCUCUCUCAGGCUGGCAUAGAAAAGGACUGCGGUCCUAGAGUGGCAGAGUCUGAGAGCUCCCUGGCGUUACGGACGAGGCGUCUUCUUCCUCAGCUCCCUCCGGGUGACAAGCCGGAAAGCCCAACACCGACCAUUUUGAUUUGUCCAGAGGCAUAUUCUGACGUUUCACCAAGGAACGCUGCUAACAGCCACGUAGCAGAAAUGUUUGUGGAUCCUGCCAGCCGACUGGCGGUUCGGGAAGAUUUGGAUCCCGAUAGCCUUAGUGACGCCAGCAAAUCUGACGACGGCUUUGGCUUGGAAAAACGCAGGAGGAGCCACAACAGCACCAAAACAUUGGAGCAGAGCCAGGGAAAGGCGGAAAACGGGAAAGCCAAAACCCACCAGCACACGGUGCCGAGGCUUUCGGGUCUGAGAGCCUCCAGCGACCCGCUGUCGACAUCUUUCUAUAUUGGCGACGAGGAAGAGGAAAGCGGGGUUCCUUCGAAACUUCCUUCCAGCGUUUCUCCUUCUCAGGCGGAAAAAGAAGAGGCUCUUUUCAAGUGUGGGAAGCCAGCGGCCAAAGGUGUCAGCAAUACCUAUGUCAGCUCCAACGGGAAAAUGGUGAUUUCUUUGCACCAGGGGCUUCCGCUUCCAGAGGAAGAAGUCGUGGCUGCAAAAGAAGCGUCGUCCUUUGUCCGGCAGGAAAGCUUUACCAAAGAGAAAUCGAGCAGCAACGUUCCUCAAAACCGGCUACCGCAUAUCUCAAGCCACCCCCUGCUCAAAGAUCUCGAUGUCACCCGAGCGAAUCGCAUGGACUAUAACCAAGACACUCACCUCCUCCUUAAAGAUACUGAAACUGCUCUGGCAGCGCUUGAAGCCAAAAUACUCUGCCAAACCAACCAGCUCGACACUCUGGAGAAUUCCCCGGGGCAGUUGGAGGACUCCUUGUCCGGAGAAUCUGAUGUGGACACGGCUAGCACCGUCAGCUUGGUGAGCGGCAAAAACUUACCGAGCCACUCGCCGAAGGGCAAACCCGUGACAACCUUGCAAAAAGAGAAGCCUUCUUCCACGCCUUCUGCCCAAGAUCAGAGUCUUCAACCGAGCGCAAGGGAGCGGCUUUCAGAGAAGCGGAAAACUCUUCCGCUUGAGGCAGGGAGCAAAGGCGAAAAUGCGAGACGCUUCCAAGUUAAGCGUAGCCCAGGGACCGGUGGCUCCCUGGACUAUACAGACGAUGAACGAAGUAGUAGCCUUCCAUACCUGCCAGCGAAUGAAAUAGCUUCCUCUGACCAAGAGCAAUCCACCUCCAGGCCCAUCUCCAGGAAGAAGCCCUUCUCGCAGUCCACCAAAGAGGAGCACAGCAGAGUGACGCCCACGGUGCAAAAGAUCCAGCAGGUUCUCACCAGGUCCAAUAGUUUGUCUACCCCGAGGCCCACGAGAGCCUCCAAACUUCGCCGGGCCCGGUUGGGGGACACCUCGGACAACGAGAGCGCCGAUACCGAGAAAGCAACGUCUCACCACGAAGGAACGGCGGCGCCUUCCAAGCAGCCGGCGGAGGCCAAGAAGCUGUCGAGGCUCGACAUCCUGGCCAUGCCGAGGAAACGGGCGGGGUCUUUCACCGUGCCAAGCGACUCGGAGAGCGCACCAGCCAGGCCGACGUUCUCCGGGCGCAGCGCAGAGUCGUAUUAUUCUACCCGGAAGCCCCCCGUGUCGGAAGCCAGGAACGCCGCUAGGAAAACGGCGGCGGCAGUCGCUGCUUCGAAGCAGCCUUUCAGCAGGACACGCUCCAGCAGCGUCAAAUACUCCUCUUCUUCCACUUCAAGGCGGCGGCCGCAGGGCUCAGAUUACACUUCCACUUCCGAGGAGGAGUAUGGCUCAAACCACAGCUCCCCUAAACACAAACGCUCCCAUACUUCAACAGCCACCCAGACGCCCAGGACCCGAGGCUCAGGGCUGAAUAAGCAGAAGCACAGCAACAGCAGGGAGACGGAGGACGAAGACUACGACGAUCACGACCCCUACAACUUCAUCGCGCAGACGGCAGAGAUUGCCGAAAUCGCCAGAUUGAGCCAGACCUUGGUGAAGGACGUAGCGAUCCUUGCUCGAGAGAUUCAUGACGUUGCUGGAGAUGGAGAUUCCCAGAGCUCAUCGGGAACGGGGCCAAGCACCUCCCACAGUUCUGUGCCUAACACCCCCGCCUCUACCAUAUCAGCAAGGGAAGAGUUCCAUAUGGACUUUUUAUUGCCUAUUGCUCAUUCAUCUUUGCGAGCAGCAAUUCCAUCUCAGCUGGUGCAGCACAUACCAGAAGCAAGCCUGAACUACCAGAAGGUGCCUCCUGGCUCAAUGGGAUUCCACGAUUUUGACCAAAAUAUGAAUGACAGCCGAGAAGAGGACCUCACAAGGAAAACAAGGAUGAGAAACAGGGAAGAGGUCAUCUUUGACAACUUGAUGCUGAAUCCAGUGUCCCAGUUAUCCCACACCAUCCGGGAAAACACAGAGAACCUGGCGGAGAAAAUGAAAAUUCUGUUCCAGAAUACUGAGCGGACGUGGGAGGAGAUGGAGGCCAAGAUUAACUCCGAAAACGAAGUGCCAAUCCUAAAGACCUCAAACAAGGAAAUCAGCUCUAUUUUGAAGGAGCUCCGCAGAGUCCAGAAACAACUCGAAGUUAUAAAUGCCAUCAUUGACCCAAGUGGAAACUUGGAUGUGCUCGCCAAUAACAAAAUGUCUUCUGCUACGCCACAGUCUGUGGCGGCUAAAAUCAGGACUGCUAACAACAUUUCCGGGUCCAUGUUGGAGGCGUUGUCUCCUGUCAAGAAGAGAAAUUACGUGCAGAAAUCAAACUUUGGCUCCGCUAGCCUGCAGGAUGCUACGUUUGUUCCGGAUGGGGAGAAAUACGUGAUCUAGCAAGAAAAGUUUUCUAUCGCUUUUCCUCUUGUAUGUAAUUUGCCGUGGCGUUAGUAUUGUGUACGAGUGGUUGUGGGCAAGUCCUUGUGGAGCAGUUGUUUAGAUUGCUGACACAUUGCACAAAACAAAACAAAAGAAAACGAAAAGGUACAAUCUCUGCUGUGUGAGCAUGAGUGGCAGGCCUAUGUAUAUGCCUUUUGGAAGGGGGGAAAAUGGACGAGCACUGUGGAACAGCACAUACUCAGCACAGAGGCAGACUCUGAUUUAUUUAUUUUUAACAGAAAGCAAGCGAUGCAUAAUUUCUCCAAUGUGCCAUAGCAAACAGGCUUUGCGUAUUCUUCACUCUGUACUGCCAAAGCUCUGAUAUGUUAUUGUAUUUAGCCUGUUUAUAGCUGUCUGUUUUAGUUGUAUAGAGGCUCCGUUUUGAAAAUGUACCUUUCGGGGGCGGUGGCUGGCUGUUGCUGUAUAUUUAAUU